CACCCAAGGCCCCUACAAAACCAUUCUUCUUAUAUGUCAUAAACAUGCCAAAUACUCCAAAAACAACUAGUUCUACAAGUAGUAAUUUUUAUUUGACUUACUUAAAACUAAGGUUCUUCACUAAACUCAAACGUUUCCUUCAGAUUAAGGCUAAAUCAAAGGAACAAUUUCAACCGUCUGAUCAUCAGCCAAGUAACGGUUCAGAAAUUUUGAUUGUGAUUGAAGAAAAGGGUAUAAUGGGAAAAGAGAGUGAUAAAGAUAAUGGAUGGAUGAUUUUGCAAAAAUCUGUGAAGAAACUUCACUUUGGGAACUGGGAUGAAAAAGAGGUGGCGGUGAAAGAGAUAAUAAAGUUGGCUAAAGAGGAUUUGAAGAGGCGGAAAUUCAUGGCGGAGCUCGGUGUGAUUCCGCCGCUUGUUGCCAUGAUUCGUGGUUCUGAUCAGGCGGUGUUGCGGCGGCAGAGAUUAGCGGUGCAAGCACUGACCCAACUUGCUAAUGGCUCUUUCACUAACAAGGCUCUGAUGGUAGAAGCAGGAAUCUUAUCAAAAUUACCUCAAAAAGCAGACAACUUAGAUGGAAACACAAGGCAAGAAUUUGCAGAAUUGAUCUUGUCUAUAUCAUUAUUAGCCAACACACAAUUCAAUAUGGAUUCCUCAAGAAUUAUUUCAUUUGUAGUCAGCAUUCUUGAUUCAUCAAAUUCAAGUGUUGAGACUAAAUGUACAUGUCUAGGGACAUUGUACAACAUAUCCUCUGUGUUGGAAAAUUCCGCCAGUUUGGCGACUAAUGGAACAGUGACCACAUUAUUGAGAUUGUCUUCAUUAAAGGAAGUAUCAGAGAAAGCACUUGCCACAUUAGGGAAUCUUGUGGUUACUCUAAUGGGAAAGAAGGCGAUGGAGGAAAGCCCGAUGAUGCCCGAUAGCUUAAUGGAGAUAAUGACAUGGGAAGAGCAACCGAAAUGUCAAGAGUUAUCGGUAUACAUUUUGAUGAUUUUGGCUCACCAAAGUUCUAUUCAAAGAGAGAAAAUGUCUAAGGCUGGUAUUGUUCCAGUACUUCUUGAAGUGGCAUUGUUAGGUAGUUCUUUGGCUCAAAAAAGAGCAUUGAAAUUGUUGCAAUGGUUUAAGGAUGAAAGGCAGAGCAAAAUGGGGCCUCAUUCAGGGCCACAAGUAGGAAGGAUGCCAAUUGAUUCGUCACCAAUGAGUCCAAGAGCUGUUGAUGAAAGCAAGAAACUGAUGAAGAAAAUUGUGAAACAAAGCCUUUAUAAGAAUAUGGAAACAAUUACUAGUAGAGCCAAUGGGGGUGGUGAUUCUUCAAGGUUUAAGUCCUUAGUUGUUAGCUCAAGUUCUAAGAGUUUGCCUUACUAGGAAUAUGGAUCUCUUAAGCAUUUAAUUAAAUUGACCUCAUGAUCUUGCACUACUUGUGCAAUGUUCUACAUGAAUUGUUCAUUUCUUUUGUA